GGCUGGGACAAGCAGGCAGCAGCCGGCCGGCCGCCCCCCGAGCAGCAGUCGCACAGGGGAACCUGCCUGGAGCGCUUUGAACAUCAGCUACAAGUUUUUACCUGGGUGCUGAAGCACUCAUGGCUGUCGCUUACGGUGCUGUCACCCAGCUUUCCCAGCAGUACCCGCCACCCCUGCUGCCCAAGCCCGGAAAGGACAAUGUUCGACUUCAGAAACUCCUCAAGAGAACCGCCAAGAAAAAGGCCUCCGCUCAGACUUCGCAAUCCGCUGCACUUUUCCGCUCCAGCCUUUCCCCUGUGAAUGAAGCAAGCCCUGACCUCGAGCACAGUGACCACUCCACCCCUCCCAAGACUCCAGAGACACCAUUCAGCCUCUACAGUGUCCAGCAGGCUCCACGGUUCACCGUCAGGCCGCUGUAUCAACAUGUGGCGUCUCCUUACCCGCAGCGUGCAGCAUAUGGCAGAGCAGCGAGGUUCUCACCUCAGACAGUGUCGAUGCCUUCGUACUCUUACUCGCAGCAUGUUACCACAGUUUCUUCAUAUUCUGCGCCGGCCACCCUUUCUGGAGUCUCUCCUGCUCCAGGGCCAGUCCCCCAGCUGGUGGUACCCAAAAUAUCUCUGCCAGCUUCCUCUGUGCCAGAGGCAACAGUACCAGCUGCUGAAGUGAAAAAAACAGCUUUUAGCACAUUUGCUGAAACUCAUACCGGUCUUACACCUGCUGCAGCUGAAGCAACCCCACAGCCAAAAUAUACAAAACCAGGUCCAACUCCUUAUCCAGCAACAGGGGGGCAAGCUUUAAUCCGUCCUCUCACUGUGUUGACCCCGCUCGUCAAAUCCAGAAGUCCACGUCCAACAUUCAAAGCAACUGAACCUUCAAAAUCGCCCAAACCGAUGUUUGAUGUCCCUCAAAUUAGGAUGUACACAGCAAGUACAUCAUACUAUGAGACAUCCAGGACCCCACCGGUGUAUGACUCAGCUGGAUUAAUGGCUAUUGGCACAUCAUCAGAAACAAAACAAGAUUUGACUCAACCUGCUUUAUUGGGCACAGAUCUUCAGAGAAGAACACCAACGUCAGACACUAAAAGAGGCACCACACCAACCAAAGAGAUGAACACCAUAAUAACUCCAACGUCUGAAAUAAAACGAGUCACCCCAACAUCUGGAAUCAAUAGAGUCACCCCAACAUCUGAAAUCAAAAGACUCACCCCAACAUCUGAAAUCAGAAGAGUCACCCCAACAUCUGAAACCAGAAGGGUCACCCCAACAUCUGAAAUCAAAAGAGCCACCCCAACAUCGGACAUCAAAAGAGCCACCCCAACAUCAGACAUCAAAAGAGCCACCCCAUCUUCUGAAAUCAAAAGAGCCACCCCAACUUCUGAAAUCAAAAGAGCCACCCCAACUUCUGAAAUCAAAAGAGCCACCCCAACAUCUGAAAUCAAAAGAGCCACCCCAACUUCUGAAAUCAAAAGAGCCACCCCAACUUCUGAAAUCAGAGUUAAAACACCAACUUACGAGCUCCAAACAUUAAGAACUUCAGCCGGGCGGCCCAGAACCCCGGCAUACCAUAUAACUCGGGCUGCAACACCUGUAUUUGAAAUCUCAAGACCCAAUCCUCUCUUGUUUGCAGUGUCUCCAAUCACAGUAGAGCCAGAGAGGUCAAGAUCGCCCAAAACAGCUUCUGCUGUGAGCGGUCCAUCUGCUUCCCAAAGUGUCAAGACCACUGAGCCUAAGCCUACUGACACAAUACUUAAUGGGGACAUUCAUUCAGACAUGACACCUGCAGCUAUACCAAUCCAACAAAGCAUUAAAAAGUCCAAAUCAGAGCCUGAUCUGACAAGAGAGAAGAUGCAAUCUACUCCAGCUGGCUCUCAAAGGCUCUCUGAAACUCCUUCUUCUGUGCCAACAACACCAGCAGUGACUUCUCGUGGCUACCAGAGGGCGAAGACUCCAACAUACGAGGCGUCCCGACUUAUGAACACAUCACCUGGCUAUAAAAGACCAAAGACACCUACGUAUGGGACAUCACCUUCUGGUGUAUCACCUGUAGCCUUUCAGAGACCUAAAACUCCGACCCAAGUGGCUCAGAAAUCAAAGUCUCUGUAUCGUGGCUUGACACCAGCAGAAUAUGCUGCUUAUGGUGGAAUCAGAACUUAUGCUCCAGCAUUUGGUAUCUCCAGUUCUAAGGUGCAAACUGAUGAGGAGGUUAAAGCUACAAAAGAGGAGUCAGCAGAAUAUGAAACACCUACCCAAGAACCGUCUGUGAAGGCACAAUCUACGGCCGAGGUGUCUAAGGUCAAAGAAACCCCCAAAGAAACAAAUAAAACCCAUCUAAGAGAUGAGAAGGCUGCCGCCACCCCUUUAGUCCCUGUUAUUAUUGUUUCACAAGCAUCUGACACCUCAGGAACAACGUUAACACAAGACACAAGUACGGCAUCCAGUCAGGUUGAAGUAAAACAAGAAAAAACUGUGAUUCAAGAAACAGCAAAGGCUAAACCUCCAACGGAAGUGGGUAAAACUCCUGAGAAACAGAAGGUGAAAACACCCGUUCAAGAAGCCGCCAAAGCAAAGACAACAGCUCCUGAAGCCAAACAUCCUCUGCCCAAAGGUAAUGACCAGGAUCCUCUGAAGGCAGUCAGAAAACUUUUAGGCAAAGAUAAAGCCCAGACUGCGGAGCAGAAAUCAGGAACUGAAACAAAAGCUGUCAUCUCUGAUCAAAAAGAGCCGGAGAAGUCUGCAGCUGCCACCAAGGCUAAAGCCGAAGGCUCAAAGCCAAACGCUGUGGCACCUGCUCUCCCUGUUAAAGCGGCUGCUGAGUUGACAGGAAGUGAAGACAAAGGAAAAGAUAAGAAAUCGGAAUCAGCUUCGGCAGUUAAAUCCGCACCAGACAAACAGGAAGGCGAUGAAUCCCUACCAGCAGCCGAGGCCCUUCUUACAGUCAUACGAAAGCCAAAGGGGAUGAAGUCCAAAGUGAGCGGUUGGUCCCGGCUUAAGAAGCACAUGGUGGUGGAGCAGGAGGAGCCCAAAUUUCCAGAGACAGGCUCUCAAAAGGAGGCCACUGAGCAGGACCAGAGCGGGCUGGAAAAGGCAGAUGAGAAGGCUGGCGACAAGCCAGGCACUCAGGGCGAGAACCAAACCAAAGAUGCUCCCAAGGCAACAAAAAUGUGGGACGCCGUCCUCUUCCAAAUGUUUUCCACCAAAGAGAACAUCCUGCACCAGAUCGAGUUAAACAAAAACGAGGAGGAGGCGAAGGAAGGGACGAAGGACGAGCUGCAAGAGAUACCUUCAUUUGCAUACCGUCUGCCUGUGCUGCUCUUCAGUCCAAAGUUUGACGCGAAAAAGCUUAGAGAAGCAGCCUCGAGGCCGGUGACGAAAAUUUCAACAGUUUUUGAAAUGGGUCUGAUUGGGCGGAAAGGUAAAGACGAGGAACCAAAAGACUUUAACAGGAAGGCAAGGGGGUUCACUGCUACUUAAGCUACUUUAAUAUAUAGAAUCUAAAGUGCCAAGAGGAAAAUGUAAAGAAAAAGUUCUGUGUUUAAUGUACAGGUGCAGAAAUCUUAGCAACAGAAAUCAUGUACAGGUCUGGAGUCUCCGUGUUAAACGAAUGUAGUUUGUGUUGUAGAAAACUCAGCCUAAACUUUAUACUUGACAAAUGCUUUGUGUUGCGUUUGUGUGACUGGAUGUCUGGAUGUUUGUAUCUGUGGAUUAGCCUGAAAGAGAGCGCUACAUUUGUCUUAAAGUCAUUCAGACAUCACAUCAGAUUAAAGCGUUUAUGUUUUAAGUAAUUUCGGAGCUUCUCAUUUGUUCCUUUCAUCACAUGUUCACAGUAAAGAUAGAUUGAAUAUAGAUAGAAGCUACGGAUUUGAAAACAUUUAUUUAUACGCAGUAGAUCACUUAAGAUUUAGAAUGUAAUUCAUGAUGAAAAGCCAACUUCUAGUCUAAAUAAUUGACAGUUUUAGAAUUUAAAAGUUAAUGAUUUUAAGACAAAUCACUUGUGAAAAUUCUGUUUCUCUUCAAUGAUCAUUCAAAUAUCCAGUUUUAUUCAAAAUGGUGCUACUUGCCUCAGGGUAAGAUAAUGAAUGUGUAUGUAGAGUAUAACUAGACUAGAUGGUUAUUUUUGGGAUUGAACUUUCUUUAAGUCACAAUGAAAACAACAUUUUGAGAGCAUCGUAAUUUGACUUCCUGUGGUGGGACUAAAGAAAACACCUGGCGAGGCUGCGAAGACUGAGAUUAGAUGACAAAAAAAAUGUGAAUUUUAUUUAUUCAUUUAUUGUCAAAAUAAUAAAGAGCAAAUGCAAGAUAAAGAAAUGAAUGUAUGAAUGAAUUAGCGAAAUGUUUUGAGUUCGAAUCACUUUGACCAUCGUGAAGCUUCAAAAUGUUCCCUCUUUUCAUCUCCACCAAUCACAGCGGAGGCUCUGUGACUCAAUCACAGAGGAAGCUCUCUGAUUGGUUCUGAUGAUGUGUUUCAGCUGUUUGAAGUCACUCACUCAUACAUUACACUCAGUAAUUUAGUGAAUACUGAGCAGUAAAUUUAGAUUUGGGAAUUUUCCAUCUAUAAAAUGCAGCACGUUGCAUUGUGGGACUGUUGCAGAAAGUAGUUUAUUCCACAGUUUUUGUUCCAAUGUGAUUCUGGAGGCGCCACAGAGGGAUAAAAUUCACACUCAGACAGUAAAUGUUCACUAUCGCAGCAACCGGCCGGUGAUUUCACUCACACACCGAACAUUUCUCCAACCUAAAAAUAGUUAUAGUGAACAAUUAGCUGCUAAUAAAAUGUUUGAUUUCAUUGUGACUUGAAGAUGGCUGCUGAGCUAAAAGCUUCUGUAAGUAGUCAGAGAAGAACGAUGAAGAGCAGCCUCCACCACGAUGGAGGUCAGUGGGUCAAAGGUCGAGAGACACAGGCGGGCUUUAGAUGACGGUGACGCAGGCAGGCCAACCCGGACUUUGUUCUUUCAGUGUUAUGUUUGAGCGUUUGUUUUCUAUUGUUCUUUCUAAUGAUUUCCACUGCGUGUGCUGGAGUUACUGAUGAAAGCAGGUAAACUGUAAACCUUCGAGGUCAGACUUCCUGUGAUUCUCCUCUCAGAGCCCCAUGAAAUAAAUACGCAGAGUUUCCU